AUGACUGUUGCGACUCAGAACGGCCGGGCGGCCGACGAAGAGACGCCGCUGCUCGAAACGCAGCACAAAAAGCCGACGCCGAUCCCAUGGAAGCAGGUCUCGCUGGUGAUGCUCAUUCAAGCGGGUGAGCCGCUCACCAGCCAGGUCAUCUACCCUUUCGCUCCUGAGUUUGUUCGCCGUGUCGGCAUCACUGGGGGUGACGAGAGCAAAGUGGGCUUCUAUGUUGGACUUAUACAAAGUAUAUUCUUCGGCACACAGGCGCUUACUGUCCUCCAUUGGAGUCGAUUGUCAGACAUCAUCGGUCGGCGACCUGUCAUCCUUCAGGGACUCUUUGGGCUUUCGUUAUCCAUGUACUGUUUCGGUUUGUCACGAACAUACUGGGGCGCGGUUCUAAGCCGGAGUCUCAACGGUGCGCUGAACGGCAACAUCGGUGUCAUGAAGGGCUGCAUCGCAGAGAUCACCGACUCGUCGAACCUCGCAACGGUGUACGGUCUUCUUCCUAUCGCGUGGGCUUCCGGCGGCACUCUCGGUCCGGCGAUAGGCGGUUGGCUCUCGCGCCCGGCCGAGCGCUACCCUAGCGUCUUCGGCCACUCCGAGUUCCUCAAGACCUACCCGUACUUCCUGCCCUGUGCCGUCCCGGCGACGUUCACGGCCUUUGCAUGGUUGAUAACGUUCCUGUACUUUCGAGAGACGAAGCAGAACCCGACGCCGAUACGUGAGCUGUUCGGCCGCAAGGACAAGGCGCUGGACGAGGCCGAGCGCUCUGAUGUGCCCGACAGCGAGAGGCCCGUGGCGUUUCGGUCGUUGCUCGUAUGGCGCGUGCUGAUCGGCGCGAUCAACUACACCUCGUUGAGUCUGGUCGAUAUCGCGUAUCGCGCCGUGCAGCCGCUAUUCUUCAGCACGCCUAUCGAGCUCGGCGGGCUCGGGCUCCCGCCGCCUAUGAUCGGGAAUAUCAUGUCGAUAUUCGGUAUCCUCAAUGGUGUCUUCCAGAUCUUGCUGUUCGCGAAGAUACACAAUCGGUUCGGUACGAAGAACGUUUUCUUUGCCGGGAUCCUGAGCUCUGUGCCCAUCUUUGCGCUCUUCCCCAUCAUGAAUGAGCUGGCGAUGCGUGAGGGAGGCAUGAAUGCUGCCGUUUGGUUCGUUGUGGCCCUUCAGACGAGUCUGUCCCUUGGGAUCAGCUUGUGCUAUGGUUGUAUCUUCAUCUUCAUCACUGCCUCUGCGCCGAAUAAGGCUAGCCUGGGCAGCGUGAACGGAAUCGCGCAGCUCAUGGUGUCCAUCAUCCGUACCAUCGGUCCCGCCAUGGCCAAUUCGCUCUUCUCGCUCUCGGUCAAGCACAAGUACAUGGGAGGCUACAUGGUCUACUAUGUCCUCAUCGCGAUAUCUCUGGCGUCGUUGAUACUGGCAGCUAUGCUGCCCCGUCAGGUCUGGCGUCACGAGAGCAAGUGA